GAACUACUGUGGGACUUAGAAAAUUUCAGCCCUCAGACUGUGUGAAAGCUCAGGUCCUGAGGACUCGGGAGGUCUGGAGGCUUUGAAAGUCUUGGAACUGAGGGUUCAACCCUCCAGCACAAAGGCUAAAGUCCAACCUCCUGAGAAAAACGAUCGAGUCGAGACUCAAGUUAAAAAAAAAACUCGAAAAUGGCAAAAAAAAAUAGAUGAGAAAUGCGCAAAAAAAAAAAAAAAGUAUCGCGCGCAGCUUAGAGGGAACAGUGGUCCCAAAACUGUUGAUAAAUUAUUUCUCAAUAAAACCUCAUAACCAGUUACAUAAGAACACCCUCUUUACUGACCUCUUUACCAAUAAACCCCAAGACAUACUUUGCCAAAAUCCAUAAUAAUCCUACGCUACAACCCGGAAGAGGCGGUGCUCACGUGAUCUCUCGACCCGGAAGAUAAAUAUUGUUGUGUUUUCAUCAGUAUGUGCAGUACAGUCAGGAUAUCAGCCGCCGUCCAGCAAGAUGAGCAGCUAUGUGCUGGAUGAGGAGAAGUUCCAUCACUGCUGUCAGCUCCUCCUUCAGCAGUCAGAGCAGCUGAGAGAUGGUUGGAUCUGGGAGGUGGUUCAGGGUUCCGAGGAGGGCUACCUGAGGAAGACGGCUCUCAGGUCAGUCACCCUUGACUCAGAAUCCGCACAGAAACAGGAAGGAUCGGGUUCAGACUCAGAGCCACACACUUCCUGUCCCUCCAGCGUUGAACCACAUGGACAGGAAGGCGAACAGCCUGACUGCAUCAAAGAUGACACAGAUGAUGACGAUGCUGGGAUCUGCACGGUGACUGAAAGCAGCAGCCAGGUGCUCCAGUUCGAGUAUCACAUCCUGUACUCCUGCAGCUACAGUUCUCCUGUGCUGUACUUCAGAGCCUUCACUCUGGAAGGGAGAAGUCUUUCACUAGAGGAGGUGUGGAGCUCAGUUCAUCCAAAUUUCAGGCUUCGUCUUCAGAACAGUCCUCUGAACACAAUCACUCAACAGGAGCAUCCCCUGCUUGGUCAGCCUUUCUUUGUGCUCCACCCAUGCAGGACGGAGGAGUUCAUGAGACCUGUGCUGCAGGUGGCUCAGGACCAGCACAGGCCAGUGAACUACGUGUUGUCGUGGCUUAGUGUGGUCGGUCCUGUGGUGGGACUGGACGUCCCUCUGAAGUACUCCACUCUGGUCCAUCCUGCCUCCUCAGUCAGCAGCACCGAGCCGGACUGAGAAUGAAGCUGCUCUGGCUAACUUAGCAUCACCAGCUCUGUGGCAUCUGUCUGCAUGCAGAUUAGAUCAUCAGGCAUAGUGAGUCUCCAGACUUUCAAGGCCUUGAAGUUUGUCUGCGGGGCAGUUAGUGCUAUUUUUAUUGCACGUCUUUGUUGGUAUGCUAGACUACAGUAAAAACUGAAACACUACUGACAGCAUUGGAUCAUUUCGCCAUUUUUAUUUGAUUUUGACAACAUGUUUUCUACAAAGAAAAAAAGCAUUUAAUGCUGUUAUUAGGUGGAUACCUUCUGCUGUUGCGGUGGGUCUUUGGUGCCCUCUCUGUGGGGACAAAGUUUACAUGGACCUGAUUACAGCUGACUGAAGAGCAGCUCCAGACCUCACCUGUCUGACAACAGGGAUGACUGGCCUGGAGCUCCUGACCUGCUCUCCAGCUCUCACCCUUCUCUCCACAAACCAAUGUGGCUAAUUGUUCCCCCACCCUGUUUUUUCCUCCACCCAGACUGUAGCAAUCAGCACAGCAGGUUUAAAUCUGCAGCCGACCUCACAGUCAGAGCGACUGGGAUAUUAAUGUGAGCAGUUUGCCUUGGUGCCUGUCAUGGUUUCUGUGUUCUGUGGAAAAAUUUAACUUCUGUUAGCAGCUGAUUACCUUGCUUCGAAGUUACUUGUUGUUUGGUAUUUUCUCUGAUAAGUGUUGUUUAUAUUUUUUUACUUGCACUCAUUUGUUAGUUACUUUUGUUAGUCAGGUGGAUGUUGCUAUUGGGUCUAAUUUUGGCUAGGGAGUCUGGUUGUUUUCUUUUGUUAUUUUGUCUUAGCAAGUUUUGUUUCUUUGUUAGCCUUUAUUGGAUUUUAAUUGAUUGUUUGAUUUAGCAAACCCCAACCUGCCCUGUUUUAUUUUCAUCGCCACUUCUUUUUGUUAAUUAUGUCAUUAAGCAAUAAAUCGCUUUACUAUA